AUGGAACGCUCAGCCGCCCGGUUCUGUUGCCCCCACCUUGGGUGUAGCCGAAGCUACCGACGCAGGGAGCAUUUGAAGCGACAUGUCGCUGCGAGCCACUACCAAGCAACCACGGUUGAGUGUCCUUUUUGCCCCACCCACCGGCUGUUUGCAAGAAACGAUACCCUGCGUCAGCAUGUCAGGCUGCAUCACAAGGAAGAACAGCUGGUCCCCCAGCGUGCAGUCAGCGCCUGUGAUUUCUGUCGCUCUCGACGGUCCCGGUGCAAGGGGAUGGGGCCUUGCGAGACAUGCACAGAGCGGGGCAUCCUGUGCUCUUUAUCACGGCCUGUGCGGUUGUGCCACCAGGACAGACAGAUGAGCGACACCCGUGGGAUGGAUGCAGCAGACAUUCAACACCUACAUAAACACACUGCAUCGAGGCUCAGCGGUAACUUUACCGAUAAUCCAGUAUAUGCCAUGCCCUACGUUGAAGCUUAUUUCGACAAGUUUCACCCCAGCUGGCCAUUCCUACACAGAGCAACCUUUGAUCCAGCCCACGAGCCCCCAAUCCUACUACAGUCUGUCUUAAUGAUGGGAUUAUGGGCGACGGGGGAUCAAAAAUUGCAAUACAUGGCAGUCGAUCUGCAUGAAAAACUAAUAAUAUCUAUUUACUCUCAACGGCAUAAAUGGGGAACACCCACUAAGAGUCAAGAGGCAAAGCCCUCAUGGCCAAUCGCCACAUAUCAGGGCAUCCUCUUGCAGGUCAUAUUUGCCAUCUUGAGAAAUACUCAGGGUCCACUACCCGCCACACUUACGCACCGGCUCCCCGAGGUCCCGGCUGCAUUACUCACCACCCUUACGCGUACCUGUCUCCAGCAGGGCUUGUUCUUUUACCCAAGCAUUGCCUCCCAGUUUGCACCAAGUGACGCUCCUGACGUCUUCGUUUGGCUUGGGAUCGAAGAAGUGAAACGGCUAGCCCUGACCCUUUACAAAGUAUCCAAAAUAUGCUACACAUCGGGCAAUGACUUGACCUCUUCCAACAAGUCUCCGGGCAGAGCUCUAUCUCUGGCAGAUCUUCGGUUUGGAGCUCCUGACAGCGAUGACCUAUGGAAUGCCACUUCAGGUCUAGCAGCAGAGCUGGCAGGCAGAGGGCUAGACGGCAGCCCGAUGACCUACUGCGAUAAGAACGACGAAACCAAUUGGAUUUCAAACAUUACGCAGCCUUUGCAGACGAUCGGCGGUUGA